AUGUCACAGUCAUUCAGCUCGUCAACCCUUCCUUUGAGCUUUGUUCCUAGCCACGAUAAUGUACCCAAGCGACAUGAUACAACAGGGCUUCCUCAGGGUGGAGGUUCUUUCACAGAUGAGGAAUCGAAUAAUGUGUCUCCUAUUAUUGAUUGCAUGCUAGCUGGGGCUUUCGGAGGAUUUGUUGGGGACUCGUCGAUGCACUCGCUAGAUACCGUGAAAACUAGGCAGCAGGGAUUUCCAAAAAAUUUACAAUAUAAGAAGAUGAUUCCAGCGUAUCUUUCCAUAUUUAAGAACGAAGGGAUACGAGGUUUAUAUGGAGGCUAUUCUGCAGCGGUUUUGGGAUCGUUGCCCUCAACUGCAACGUUCUUCGGCACGUAUGAAUUUACAAAAAGAGAACUAAUUAAUGGGUAUGGAUUUAAUGAGACGAUAUCUUACUUUGUUGCCGGUGUUUUAGGUGAUUUAUUUUCCAGCGUAUUUUAUGUUCCAUCUGAAGUCCUUAAGACGAGACUACAAUUGCAAGGGGUAUAUGAUAAUCCAUUCACUAAAGAAUGUGGAUAUAAAUAUAAAAGUUUGUCAGAUGCUAUUUUUUCGAUUUUUAAGAAGGAAGGUGUUUCAACGCUCACUUUUGGAUACAAGGAGACUCUUCUUAGAGAUUUACCCUUCAGUGCUUUGCAGUUUGCCUUUUACGAAAAGUUUAGACAGCUUGCAAUUUAUUCGUAUGAGUCAAAAGAUCUUCCUAUCUGGUUAGAGUUGACAACUGGUGCGGGCGCUGGUGGUUUAGCAGGCAUAUUAACUACUCCAUUGGACGUCAUCAAGACUAGAAUUCAAACUAGCCCAUCUCCUAGCGGGAAUAAGACGGGUGUAGCUAAGAGUUCACGUGCAAGUUUAUCUCCGUCCAACCUCUCUACUUUGAGGGCCUUGCAAUCUGUAUAUAAAAGUGAAGGAAUAUUGGGCUUAUUUUCCGGUGUUGGUCCCAGAUUCAUAUGGACAAGCAUUCAGAGCUCGAUUAUGUUGCUAUUGUAUCAGAUUUCACUAAAACAAAUUGAUCUGAUGCUCACAAAGGAAUCGCUGCUUGCUUAG